AUGGCAGCCGAAAUGUCAAUUGUCCAUAACUGUCUGAUUCGCAUGAUAAAUUCGGUGCACAACCAGUGCAUUAACGUCGCGACACGCGGAACUGACGCGGACCAGGUUGACUUCGCUAACUAUGCGUUUCAGUGGACGGAGUGGCUUCAUGAGCAUCAUUCAAGUGAGGAUAGCACUCUUUUCCCAUCCAUGGGCGAAAUUGCUGGGGUGCCGGGCUUGAUGGACGUCAAUACCAAUGAGCACGCCGGAUUUCACGACAAAAUCUCACGAUACGCAAAUUAUUUGAAGGAGGUUAUCCGGGGCAAAGAGAAGCUCGAUGGGGAAAAGGUGAAAAACCUCAUCGAUUCCUUCAUGCCGGAGCUUCACACACACCUUGAGAAUGAGAUUGGCACACUGGUCAAUUUGGAAAGUUAUGACAAGGUCGACUGGGAGGCUUGGUUCAAGAAAGAGGUGGGCAAGAUGAUAAAGGAAAUGAUGGGCCAAUAUGAAUACCGAGUAAGUUCCUUAACUGUGAACACAAAGAGAAGAGAAUUUUUCUGA